AUGACAACCCUCACCUCAAUGGCACGCGCUGCUGCCGGGCCCAUCCACUCCUCCUCGCCAAUCAAGCCGAUCCUUCGAAAGUCAACCUCCGUCCUGGGCACGCGCUUACGAUCUGACGACUCGGAUAGCGUCGAUGACGACGAGCCACCAACUAAACGCCAGAAGAAGACGGUGGUAUUCAACGAAGAUCUAAAUACAGUUAAGGAGAUCAGCGGAAAGAGUUUGGAGGAUGCAAAGCGUGAGGUGAAGCAUGCUUUGGAGCGUCACAAUCAGGGUGACGACGAAGAUUACGACCAUUUGAAGGAGCUGUUCGCACCAAAUCCAAAACAGUCGACGCCUGACGACGAUGAUGGGACAAAGCCGCAGGACCUUCUUGCCUACGUCGUUGCAUUAACUGGGUAUGCGCCCAUGCUGGGGCGUGGAUGCUCCGGUCUGAUUCGCAGCAUCUUGCGCUGCUCUUGGCUGGAAAGGGACGAGACAUUCUCGCGCGCAUACAUCCAGCUGUUGGCUGCCAUUUCUUCAGUCCAGGCAUCGAUCUUUACUCAAGUCCUUACUAUGAUGGUUGACAAGUUCACCGAGACACGGCAUACCUCCAGCGUGCCUGGCUAUGCUCCUGUCGACCCCGAGACCAAGAAGCAGUGGCUGCAUGCUGGAUUGAAGUACCUACUCGAACUCUUCCCAGCAGGGCAGCACAUCAUCUUGAACCUGAUCUCAUCAAAGUUUCCUUAUCCGGAAGAAUCCAAGGCGACCCACAUGGAGUAUAUUGGCCACCUCCUUCGCCUCAAGGCCACGAGGCCGGAGCUCGAGCGCGACAUUAUGGAGCUGAUUCUUUCACGCUUAGUCAAGCUGGAUGUAGAAAUGACCCUGGACCUGGAGAACGACGAUGACGAGAUCACUCGUGCGGUGUUGCGGCAACUCGAGGCCUCCCAAACUACGAGCGAUGGUGACGAUGAAACCGGCGAUGCAGAUGACGACGAUGGGAGUGACUCAGACUCCCUUCUGAGUGAAGACGAAUUGCCGGAGCAGGCAAAGCGCGUGCUCAUGAUCAAAAAUAAGUUGGAGACCAUGGACGCCAUACUGGACUUGCUCUUUUCAAUAUAUACCCCGAUAUUUGAGGACCCCGAUAGCCCUCAGGCGAUUGAAGCUUUCCAAGAUCUUCUCAGUGACUUUUCGAAUGUGAUUCUCCCGCAUUUGAAGUCGCGGCAUACUCAAUACCUCCUAUUCAAAUUCGCCAUGAAGUCAAACCAUCUCAUGGAGAUGUUCAUAGGCACAUUGUUCAACCUGGCGCCGCCUGUCGUAAAACAGGCCGCAGUGUCUUACUUGGCAAGCUUUACUGCUCGCGGGGCUAGCGUUCAGAGCCACCAGGUUCAACUGAUUGUCCAGACAUUCCUUGACUACAUUGAUCAUUACCGCGCCACCCAUACGAAUUGCCGUGGCCCCGAUGUCAGGCGGUACAGCCAAUACUACGCCUACUUUCAGGGGCUUCUCUAUAUCUUCUGCUUCCGCUGGAGAGACCUGAUCCAGCGGGACAAAGUUCCUCCGACUCUUGAUUGGGACGAUCCUUCUUCGUUUAUUGGCAAAGAUCUCCCAUGGAUGCCGGGGUUAAAGUCAAGAUUGCAGGCGAAUAUUGCCAGCAAACUCAAUCCAUUGAAGUGCUGCUCCCCUGUAAUCGUCGAAGAGUUUGCCCGUCUAUCUCAUCACCUGGGCCUUCUCUACAUUUACCCACAGAUCGAGAAAAACAAGUCUGUUCAUCUCUCUCAGUUCUUCACGGGCAGCUAUGCCACAGGCGGGGCCUUGCGUGACACGGGUCUUGAGUAUGAUGAUGAGAGAUUAACCCAUCUCGAAGCGUGUUUCCCCUUUGACCCGUUCCAGCUGCCUGUCGCCAAACGGUGGUUAGAUCUGCAGAACAGCUAUGUCACAUGGCAGCCGAUGGCUGUGCUUGACCGGGAUGAUGACGAGGAUGGAGAAGAUGAAGAUGAGGACGAGGAGAAUGAAGGCAAUGAGAGUGAUGAAGGUGAAGAGGAAGAUUAUGAAUUUGAGGAUGAGGAAUGA